AUGCUGGCUUUCAACAGGACCAAUCUUCAACCUGCCGUCUUUCUAUUACUUGGCAUUCCAGGAUUGGAGUCUGCCCACGUAUGGAUUUCCAUCCCUUUCUGCCUGGUUUACCUCUUGUCAAUUAUGGGAAAUGUUGCCCUUUUGUUAAUUGUCAAGACAGACCUGAAACUGCAUGAACCUAUGUACUUCUUUCUGUGUAUGCUCUCUGUGGCUGAUUUGAUGCUUACUUCUUCUACACUUCCUAAGAUACUCAGUCUUUUCUGGUUCAAUGACAGAGAGAUCUACUUUGAAGCCUGCCUCACUCAGAUGUACCUUAUCCAUUCUCUGUCUACCAUGGAAUCUGGAUUCAUCUUGGCCAUGGCCUUUGACCGUUAUGUGGCCAUCUGUCACCCACUGAGACAUUCUACUAUCUUAACACCUACAGUGAUUGCAGUUUUGGGUCUGGUCAUUGUCUUCAGAGGAUCCGUACUCCUCAGUCCACAUCCCUUUCUCCUGAGGUGGCUUUCCUACUGCAAAAGUAAUGUCAUUUCCCAUACCUACUGUGAAUUUAUGGCCCUGAUAAAGCUGGUUUGCACUGAGACCAAGAUUCGUAGAGCUUACAGCCUAAUUGUGGCCUUUCUGACAGGUGGACUGGACUUCAUAUUGAUUAUCUGCUCCUAUGUCCUUAUUCUUAUAACUGUUUUCAACCUCCCAUCCAAAGUUGCCCGUCGCAAGACCUUAAGCACCUGUGUUUCCCAUGUGUGGGUCAUCUUGGUGUUUUACACACCAGCCUUUUUCUCUUUUCUCACCCAUAGAUUUGGCCACCACAUUGCUUCACAUGUCCACAUUUUUAUAGCCAACAUAUAUCUUCUUGUUCCACCUAUGAUGAACCCUAUCAUUUAUGGUGUUAAAACAAAAAGGAUUAGGGAAAAAUUCUUUAUGUUCUUAACAGUGAAAUGUUUUUGA